AUGUCCUCACGAGCUGGUCUGCGAUUCUUUCAGAGCGCGAGGUUCUCCCGCGCUUUUACUAAAAAGCCAUUGGGAAGAAGAUACCGGACUGCAGAUGCGACCGCUGCUCCUACAGAAGGAAUUGUUCAGCGAUUAUGGAACAGUCCUGUGGGUGUCAAGACUGUGCAUUUCUGGGCCCCAGUCAUGAAGUGGAGCAUUGUCCUCGCCGGAAUUAGUGACUUUGCUCGACCAGCUGAAAGUCUCUCCCUGACCCAGAACGUCGCUCUCACAGCCACCGGCGUAAUUUGGACUCGGUGGUGUUUUGUCAUUAAACCGCGAAACCUUCUAUUGGCUGCCGUAAACUUCUUCCUGGGGUGUGUAGGUGUGACGCAAGUGAUUCGGAUCCUCACGCAUCAACAGAGCCAGGAGGCUGCUUCAGCGGGGCAGAUCGCAGAGCAGGACGCGAAAGAUAUAGCAAACACCGUCAAGGGCAUUGCAACAGAUCCUGAGGGCGCGGCGCAAAAGGCUGUGAAAUGA